AUGCAGAGGGGCGGGGAUGGUUCGUUCCAUUUGUUCCUCCCCAAAAGGGUGGGGCGGGAGGAGACCCUUUGUACCAGCCUCUGUGGAGAGCAAUCCAUCCUCGUAGCCAUUGAUAGCCAUUCAGUCAUCAAACGCCGCCCCGGACCUUCAGACGAUUUUGCCUGUCAAGCCUAUAACAUCGAAGUCCGCGCGUACGGACGGCUGGGGGAUCAUCCACGAAUCGCGAGUCUCCGGGAGGUUACGGACGAUGGCAUAGUCCUGGAACGAGGCGAAUGCCUACGCCAGAAGAUCCAGAGCAACGCAUCCCAGACCGCAAUGCAGACCAAGCUCCGCUGGGCCCAAGAGGCCGCGGAAGGGUUGCGCUACAUUCAUAUGAAGAAUAUUAUCCAUGCGGACGUGGGCUGUCAUAAUCUAAUUCUGGACCAGUCGGGGCACAUCAAGUUCAUUGACUUUGCGGGCUCGGGGAUCGACGGAGAAGUGGCAACCGUAUGCUACGAAUGGUGUAGCUAUCAGCCGGGAUCGGAACCUGAUGUCAGGACAGAUAUCUUCGCCUUUGGUUCGACACUAUAUGAAAUCGAGACGGGGGAGAAGCCUUACCAUGAAUUGGAGAAGACCCUGAACGCUGGGAAUUUGAUGAGACGAGUGGAACAAUUGUUUGCCAUGGGUGAAUACCCGCGUGUGGACACGCUUGUACUGGGUGAUGUGAUUUUGCGGUGUUGGAAUGGGGACUACAGCGUAAUGGAUCAGGUGGUGAGAGAUCUAGACGUGCUGCCAGGUGCCUAG